GAGCGCGUGCGUGCAACCUCUUUUCCGCUCGACCUGCGCUGCUGUAAUUCAAUGUAGCAAAGACCAUGACAGGCAUCGCCGCCGCCUCCUUCUUCUCCAACAUUUGCCAGUUCGGGGGUUGCGGACUACUCUUCGAGUCGCUGGCAGAGCUCAUCGUGCACAUCGAGGAUAACCACAUCGAAGAGAGAAAUUCAUACAGGCUUGGGGAUACAGAUCCUCACGUGUUGGAGAAACAGGAACUUCAGCAGCCCACAUACGUCGCCCUUAGCUACAUUAACAGGUUUAUGACAGACACAGCACGGCGAGAGCAUGAGUCUCUGAAGAAGAAGGUCCAGCCGAAGCUGUCACUCUCAUUGAUGGGCAGCCUUUCACGCAACAGUGUGGCUACGCCCCCUCGCCACAACAGCGGCAACCUGACCCCGCCCGUCACCCCGCCCAUCACGCCCUCGUCUUCAUUCAGGAGCAGCACCCCCACAGGUAGUGAGUAUGAUGAGGAGGAAGUGGAAUAUGAAGAGUCCGACAGUGACGAGUCGUGGACCUCCGAAUGUGCCAUUAGUUCUGAAUCCAUCCUCAGUUCCAUGUGUAUGAACGGAGGUGAUGAGAAACCCUUCGCCUGUCCCGUGCCUGGUUGCAAAAAGAGAUACAAGAAUGUGAAUGGUAUUAAGUACCACGCCAAGAACGGUCAUCGCACCCAGAUUCGCGUUCGUAAGCCCUUCAAGUGCCGGUGUGGUAAAUGCUACAAAAGCUCUCAGGGGCUUCGACACCACACCAUCAACUUCCACCCACCCUUCUCUGCUGACAUCAUCCGCAAGAUGCAGCAGUAGAGUGUGCCAACCUCUUCCUCCCCAUUCACUUACAUGCACAUGCACAGACACAUGUAUAUAAAAUACAGAUACAUGUAUAUACAGGACAAACAGAUCACCUCCAUAUCCAUCUUCACCAGCAGCUGUGGCUGUCCAUUAACUCUGAACUGUCUUAUCCUUGUGUCCUCUGUUUUUGGAGGACAUCCAAAAAAUAUUUGUCAGAAGGACAUCUUUUCAAGAGGAAGACUCGUUUACCUCCCUUGUCAUUUCACUCCUCAUGAGGAGGAAAGCUUCUCUAUUCCUCUUCUUCCAGGAAGACAUUCUGUACCUCCAUGAGGAAGAUUUGGUUCAGCCCUCCUUCCAUAUUCCACGCUCAAAAUACUACACUCUGAAUUGCAUGCUUUAAUUCUUUUAGUUUUAUUAUUUCCUCAGCUUAUUUGUAUCCUGUUAAGAGUUUAGUUUUGUAUUUUUGCACAUUCAGCAAUCAUUCUUUUUUCCUUGUAUUAUUUUUUUAUGUAAGGUGCUUAUUGUAAAAGAAUGAUGGUAUGCUUAGAAGGAUUGUGUGUUGUCUCGGUGAGAAAAGCUUACAGUAACUCGCAGCCCUUGAGGAGAGUUUGCAUAUGAAACCAGCCUCAUACGGAACCGAAGAAAAGCCUGCUCAAAGAAGUGAAUUUGCGAGAAACCAUAAGACAGGAAAGGCUUAAAAAGUCAAUGUUUGUAAAAUAAUAUCUACCCAUAAGUAAGCAACAUUCAUAGCUGUAGAUUGUGUAUAUAAAUAUCUUUCAUAGUCAGAUCUAAAAUCUAUACUUUACUCCCAAGUUUUAUUUUGUAUAUUUCCAUCUUAACUUUAGAGAUGAUGAUUAUUGAUUGAUUAUGGAUGUGCAGUUUUUCGGUAGUGCUUUGGCCAUUUUGGUU